AAGAUGUUUCUGGAGAUCUGCGUUUGUGUGAAGCUAUUCAAGAAAAUGAAACUAUUUUGGCGCAGACUAGUGUGUGUAAUUUGUGCAUGAAACUCCAGGCAUCAUACACCUGCCCAAGAUGCAACAUUUCUUAUUGCUCCCUCGCUUGUUACAAGAGUGAGAAACAUGCAGACUGCUCAGAGUCGUUCUACAAAAACAACUUCAUCCAAGCGCUGAAGGAAACCAAAGGAAGCUCUGAUGAUAAGAAGGCCGUGCUGGAGAUGCUUUCCAGGCUUGAUGCAGAAGAAAUCGCUGAUGACAGCGAUGAUGAUGAUGCAGAUGGCAGUGAAGGGACUGAAAGUCUGGAGAAGAGACUAGCUGGUCUAGAUCUUGACAAUGAGCCAGAUAAAGUCUGGGAGAAGUUGACCAAGCAGGAGAGGCAAGAGUUUGAGGAGGUCGUGCGUGCAGGAGCUAUGGGAUCUAUGCUGGAACAAUGGACUCCCUGGUGGACCAAGCAUGACAGGGAACUCAUCAGUGAGGUAGUAGAGGAAACACAGAGGAAGAAAGGGUCAAAGGUCACCACCUCUGACCCUCCAAAGCUGCUAGACUCUGUCCCCAGGCUUUCUGAGCUGCUCAAGACACCCCCUUCGCCUCUUAUUGUCUUCAAUAUGAUCAAUGUGCUGUAUUGCUAUGCCUUUGUCGUGAGAUUCUACAAUGGAUCACAUAUGGACAUACCGCUACAUGCAUGCCAGUGCUUUCUAGAAGUGUGCCCUGGAUUGUCGGCUAAUGUCAGUUUUUCAUCGACAGAGGAUGCUAUUGAAAGUGCAAUUCAGACCAUUACUCAGCUGAAAUCUGUCUCAAGUGAAAGGAAGCAUUUGAUUUCUCUCAUCCGGGAUGUCAUUCAUAUCAUGCUUGGUAGAAGCAAAUCGUCCCCGUCUUUCUACGUAGAAUCUGCACUAUCAGACCUUCAUCAGCUUUUCAAACAAGCAAAACUGAUCUACAAAGUGCCAGAAACAAGUCGCUCUGAUAUCAAGAAAUCCAAAUCAGCGAUGUUCCUAGCCAAGAAGAAGGUGACCUUUUAUCUAGCUUGGGUGAGGGAGAACAGAGGAGUCAUGAAAUUGAAGGCUGCUGAAGUCAAAUUGCUACAUAAAACCAUGGAGAGGGAUUUAGAGAAACACGAGUUGGUGAAGGCUGGGGUAGAGAAAAAUCUUGGAGCAGUGCAGCCUAGAAAAACCAGCAAGCUUAUUGAAGAAAUCAGCUGACCUCUCCAUUAAACAUUUGGCCACGAUGAUGGAGGAAGAACUUUUAUUGAAAUUAGUCAUGAAAUGUAUGGAGUUUAACCUAGAAAGACCAGGCCAUUUUGAUGCCAAUCAAGACUGAGGGGGUGCUGAUUCAGCCCCCUCCCUUCAGAACCUAGCCAUCAACUGAACAGUUGUGAAAAAAAAUGGCAUGCAUGUUGACCAAGGCAUAAUCAAUAAAACUGGUUAUUCAAACUCACCAUAAAAUCGCUUUAUGUAAACUUAGACAUAAAAUCAUAGGUUUGCUCAACAUGUAAGUUAUUAAAGCCUUGGAAUUUUUUACCAACUCUUGCAGAUUCUAUUUAAAUUUUCCUUUACUUUAGGAAAGAUGUGUAUCAAUUUUUGCUAAACAUCUUUGGGGGUGAAUCAGACCCCAGUAUUUUUAGGGGUAACUAAUCUUUCAUUGACAUGUAAAAGUAUCGAGUCCAAAAAUUUAAAAUUGGACAUACCGUACUGCAAAUGUUGUCCUUCCAUUAGUCCACCUGCCACAUGUUGAAUAUUCAGCCAAGUUGAGGUAAUUAUUUGUUUUUACCAAAUUAUGCGAAAUGUGUGUUCCAUACCUCAAUUCAAAUUUAUUGUAUAUCAGACAGAUUUCUGCUGACCUAAAUGGUUGACUUCAGCAAAUAACCUUUUUAUCUUUGGGUUUGGGGCAGAACUCUAAAUUCAUAUAUAAGUAAGAAAUAGCUUCAUCAAUGGAAUCAUGCAUUUCUUCGAAAAUUUAAUUAUGCAUACCAGCAUUUGUUGAUUAUGCCACAGGGGUCUGCCAAUUCUCAGCACAAUCGGGCUGGAAACAGCCAAGUUCCUGAGUUGUAGGUUAUUUAUUGUCUCAAACAGAAUAUUUUUUACAUUAAACAAAAAAUUGUUCAACGAAAUGUGUGUCUUUGUUGGUGUACUUUGUCGUGAAAAACAUACACUAACAAUAGAAAUAGGCAGGCUUUUGUAGAGGUGCUUAGUGCGAGAGUAGUGCUACUUAUACCCUUCGUAGGGAUCCCAAAUGUGGCCCCGUUAGUC